ACCCCCAUGCAUUCUGGGAAUUGUAGUCCCCUCCCUAAAGCUUGGGGGCCGCCGUGAGGUCGUUGGUGGUCGCCCAGAACCGGCUGCACGUGGAGAGAAAGGGGCGGUGCUUGCUUGGUGCCGGCAACCGAGAGGGGCAGGAGCUUCCUGCUCUUGCGCCUCCUGCCGCGGCGUCCUCCCGACAUGCCGGAGGAGGCGGGCUUCCCGCCGGCCAAGAGAUUCCGGCCGGGCUGUGGGCCUCCGAGCCGCGCCGGUUCCUACCCUCCCGAGAGGCGAGUAGUGAUGCUGCUGACUGCGGGCGGCGGCUGCGGUAGAGGUGGAGGAGGAGGCCGGCGACAGCAGCCGCCCCUGGCCCAGCCCUCGGCCAGUCCCUACCGUGAGGCCCUGGAGUUGCAGCGCCGGAGUCUGCCCAUCUUCCAGGCGCGGGGGCAGCUCUUGGCCCAGCUCCGAAACCUGGACAGCGCGGUCUUCAUUGGGGAAACUGGCUCUGGGAAGACAACUCAGAUCCCUCAGUACCUCUAUGAAGGGGGCAUCAGCCGCCAGGGCAUCAUUGCUGUGACCCAGCCCCGCCGAGUAGCAGCCAUCUCUCUUGCUACUAGAGUGUCAGAUGAGAAGAGAACUGAACUUGGGAAACUGGUUGGUUAUACAGUGCGCUUUGAGGAUGUCACCUCAGAAGACACCAGGAUCAAGUUCCUAACUGAUGGCAUGUUAUUGCGUGAAGCAAUUUCAGACUCCCUGCUUCGGAAGUACAGCUGUAUCAUUUUGGAUGAAGCCCACGAACGGACUAUCCAUACAGAUGUGCUCUUUGGAGUGGUGAAAGCUGCUCAGAAGAGGCGAAAGGAACUGGGGAAACUGCCUCUCAAAGUGAUUGUGAUGUCAGCUACCAUGGAUGUGGACCUGUUUUCUCAGUAUUUCAAUGGAGCCCCUGUCCUCUACCUGGAAGGUCGGCAGCAUCCAAUCCAGAUUUUUUACACCAAACAGCCUCAGCAUGAUUACCUACAUGCAGCUCUUGUCUCGGUCUUCCAGAUCCACCAGGAAGCCCCUUCUUCUCAGGACAUACUAGUGUUCCUCACUGGUCAGGAGGAGAUCGAAGCAAUGAGCAAGACCUGCCGAGACAUCGCAAAACACCUCCCUGAUGGCUGCCCUGGGAUGUUAGUCCUUCCUCUGUAUGCCUCCUUGCCCUAUGCACAGCAGCUCCGAGUCUUCCAAGGGGCCCCUAAGGGCUAUCGCAAAGUGAUCAUUUCAACCAACAUCGCUGAAACCUCCAUAACCAUUACAGGAAUAAAAUAUGUAGUUGACACGGGCAUGGUUAAAGCAAAGAAGUAUAACCCUGACAGUGGUCUCGAGGUGUUAGCUGUGCAGCGUGUGUCAAAGACUCAGGCCUGGCAGCGCACAGGGAGGGCUGGCAGAGAGGACAGUGGCAUCUGUUACCGGCUGUACACAGAAGAGGAGUUUGAGAAGUUUGAGAAGAUGACUGUGCCAGAGAUCCAGAGGUGUAACCUGGCGAGUGUGAUGCUUCAGCUUCUAGCUAUGAAAGUCCCAAAUGUGCUCACCUUUGACUUCAUGUCCAAACCAUCUCCAGAUCACAUUCAGGCGGCCAUUGCCCAACUGGACCUGUUAGGUGCUCUUGAACAUAAGGAUGACCAGCUUACACUGACUCCAAUUGGAAGAAAGAUGGCAGCAUUUCCUUUAGAGCCCAAAUUUGCCAAAACCAUCCUUCUAUCCCCCAAAUUCCACUGUACAGAAGAAAUUCUGACCAUCGUUUCCCUGCUGUCUGUGGACAGUGUUCUCUAUAAUCCUCCUGCCCGGCGGGAUGAAGUGCAGGGUGUCCGGAAGAAGUUCAUAUCCAGCGAGGGGGAUCACAUCACCCUGCUCAAUAUUUAUCGGACUUUCAAAAACAUAGGUGGAAAUAAGGACUGGUGCAAAGAGAAUUUUGUGAACAGCAAGAAUAUGCUGUUAGUAGCUGAAGUGAGAGCACAACUGAGGGAAGUAUGCCUAAAGAUGUCAAUGCCAGUCAUGUCAUCACGAGGAGACAUGGAGAGCAUCCGCCGCUGCUUGGCUCACAGCCUCUUUAUGAGCACUGCUGAGCUCCAGCCUGAUGGUACUUAUGCCACCACGGACACCCACCAGCCAGUGGCCAUCCAUCCCUCAUCUGUCCUCUUCCACUGCAAGCCAGCCUGCGUCGUAUACACUGAGCUGCUGUACACCAACAAGUGCUACAUGAGAGACCUCUGCGUCGUGGAUGCUGAGUGGCUGUAUGAGGCUGCCCCUGAGUACUUCAGGAGAAAGCUGAGAACCACCAGAAACUGAGCUGCCCCAGGCUGUGGCACUGUGGCUGUGCCUGGAGCUUGGACCACAGUGGCCUCGUGGCAGACUCCCAGGCUGGCACCUAGAGAAGCUGUGAGUUUCAGCACAGCUAUAUGUGCCUAAUCUCCAGAGGCUUGAAAUCAUCUUUGCUGAAACUCCUCAGACUGAACUGUGUAGAUGUGUACAUAUCAUUUCAACCUUGGGCAUUUCAGAAUUAUGCUUUUGGUCCACGGUGGGUGACUUUGGGUAACUUAGUUAAUUCGUGAGCCUCAAUUGGAGAUAAUAAUCAUACUAACUUAUAAGAUUGGUGUCAUGAAGUUGAGAGAAAAUGAAUGGAAAAUUACCUAGAGCUUUGCCUGACACAGAUACACACAUAGUAAAUUAUGAGCCAUUAUGCAUAAUGUUACUGUUUUCUAUCUGAUGUGAAUUAAGUACAACAAGAUACCAUGAGUUCUUGUGACUGACAGGCAUGGAGCUUGGAUGUUGUCCUUGAUUCUAUUUAAUGUCAUUCUUUAUACAGCUUUAAAGUAGAAACAUAAGAAAUUGACUUCUGUAGAAGUUUCAAGAGGGAGGUGCUGUUGUCUCUUAUCUCCUGGGAUGGCCAUCCCUACUGAGCCUCAUGUCUCAGGGUGCAGACUAGUCUUUGCCCAUCUCGAACCAGAGAUCACUGAAGGAGUCUCUUGGCCCUUGGCGCAUGUCCACAUCAGUGCUUUCAGGAGACAUGUAAGUUACUUGGGUGAAAGUUGAUUGUACCUUCUGAAUCAUGUCAGAUGUAGACACAAGAAACCAACCUGUUGGUGUAGUAGUCUCCUUACACACCCAGUUGUCAUUUUUCUCUUUAACUGAGCACCUAUGAAUGUGUGCACAUGAAGAGUAAUUCUGUGCUCUGUUUCAACUGUUUCUCUGUGAGCAGGGCCCCUGGUCAGAGGUGCUGGGGGUAAGAGGGAAGGAAUAGGUUCAUGGUCAGUGAGAACCCAGAGGGCAUCUACUCCUCCCAUUCACCACAAUUGGCUGUUAUAGUCUUGUAUCUUGUUGAUUUUCUGUCUUUUUUUCUUUAUAGGGACAUGGGGACAUCUGGCUUUGCAGAUGUCUCUAACCUUCAUUGUCUACAUUUGUCAGAGGGAAUUUGAGGAUCUACACAGUCUCUUCCUACUGGGGAAAGACUAAAGGUUCUUAUUAGCUAGUUUAUAUCAAAAGCAAAUAAUCUUUCCCCGGAGAAUGCUUGGACCUAGAAGCAACCAAGAUUAAGCAUGAUAAAAGUUGUGCUUAAUUGUUCCAAAAUGCAAUUUUGUCAUUACUUUACAUAGUGAAUUGCACAAUCCAUUAAGCAGGGGGCCAAACUGCCUACCAGCUUCUUCAAAGAAAGUGGGCAGUCUCUUCAAUCGGGGUCCCAUGAGCUCUUUUCAGACUGUCGCCUGAUUGCUCACCUCCAUUAAAGGGUCUCAUUGGUGCACAGUUGUCUAAAUUUAAUCUGGCCUGGUCUUUAUUUAUAAAAUUAGCUGUAGUCUGAGCAAUUUGACUUUUUAGCCCGUAUUUAGGGUUGUCUAGGUACUUAUUUCUGUUAGAAAUGGUUACAGUUAUGUCCACAGGAAUCUAACAGUUCCUGUGGACCUUAUUGUAGAGAAUUCUUAAACUUGAACUGGUUCUUCCACAAAUCAGCUUGUUCUUACCAUUACUGACUUCCUGAAAAGUUCUCCAGAAAGUUUUCUUUUUAAGUAUAUUUUUAUCAUUCAUAAGAGGGGGCUAGGAUGUUUAGCCUGACUUGGUAGAAGAAAAUAUUGUGCUUUUUUUGGUCAGAACUUUUGUAUAAUCUUUUAUUUUUAUUGAGCUGUAACAUUUUUGCUCUACAUAUUUUCCACAAGCAAAACUAUUCCUUGUGAUCUUGAGCUGCUGUGAAGUAUGACAAUUGAUAGUAUUAUAAAAAUGUUUCCAUCUUUUCCUCAUUGAUAAAAUCUUUGCUGUUGUACGACAACUUCAGUCAAAAAAUUAUACAUAAUAACUUGGGUAAAAGAUUUAAUCUUUGACAAUAUGAUAUUGAUAUGAUAUAAACAAUCGAAUCCAUUAAAAAUAUUCUCUAUCCCAGAUCAUCCACUUUUUAUCUGGAAAUACUCAAACUAGAAAAUCUGAAAGCAUGAAGAACUUUUCAAAACCACUUUCAAGAAGUGACAGGUCUGGAGACACUUGCUUUAUGCUAAUAGGGAAUCCCUCCCUGUGGAAGUAUCUUUAAGCCUCUCCAUUUUCUCUUAAAAAGGUCUGAGAGAAACAUUCACAUCAGAGGGAAGAAAGAUACAUCUGACACGCAAUAAUCUUUCCAAGCAUAAAUAUGAAAUACCUGAAUCAAUACUAAUUUCUCUUGUUCCAUUUCUUUUAGUUUACUUUUUAUACACACAAAGAUAACACACACCCUAGAAAAUGUUUCACCCUCAUGAUGUUUCUUUUUUUGGGGGGGUACCCGAAAUUGAACCCAGGGUCACUUAACCUCUGAGCUACAUCCCCAGCCUUUUUUUAUAUUUUAUUUAGAGACGGGUUCUCAGUUGUUGAGGGCCUCACUAAGUUGCUGAGGCUGGCUUUGAACUCAUGGUCCUCCUGCCUCAGCUUCCUGAGCUUCCUGGGAUUACAGGUGUGAUCCACCAUGCCUAGCUCCUCAUGAUAUUUCUACACACUUACUUCCAUAGCAUGUGCACUCUCUCCCUGCCUGAUUGUCUCUCUUUUUAACCAUGGACUUUUCUGCCUUAUGCAAGAAUUCUGAAUUUAAUUUUAUGGCUUACAAACACUUACAUAGACACAAUUCCCAAUGUCCCUGGUGAAUAUUUUAAUGGGAAUCCUCUGGAUAGUCCUUCUCUUUCUUCAGAUUGAUGUAGGAGAGAAAGCCAUUUGUCCUUUUGCUCUGGAGAUCUAAAAGUGGCCAAGUUGUUCACUGUGGGCCAGCCCAAGACAAAGGAUGUCACAGAAUUGAUGUUCCCCUCUCCCGUUUCAUCUACACAGCUUGCUCUGCACAUAUCAGUUUUAUUUUGUUUUUUACCUUUAUGUUUGAUUUUCAUCAGAAUAGAUUACUGUAAAGAAAGAGAUGCUACUUCUGCCUCUGUAGGCCUCUUUUGAGUUCUAUCCGUCCAUCAAUCAGCAGUGUCACACUGGUAAUGGGCUGUUUUUGCAGGACUUUAUUCAGGAUUAAAAAUGGAUCACUCCUCUUUCUUUCUACUGGUGAUUUCAUUUUCAUAGAAUUUAUGAUGAAUUUUGCAUUACAGAGGGCUUUGCAGUUGCUUUCAUUUCUUGUUGAAAUCAUCCUUUGUGACUUGUUAGCCUCAUUUAAUUCCUACCAAGAGAGGACAUUCCAAAUUGUCUUUCUUCUUUCAUUUCAAUAACACUUAUUUCCAAACAUUUCAUGUAACUUAUAUUAAAUAUUUUCUGUGUCUCAGAGAAAUGUACACUUCCAGAGAGAGGAAUCUUUUGUCCGUUUUUGUUCUCUGUUGUAUCCAAAGCACCAAAAGAAGUACUUCGGAACUUUCUAGAAAGCAAGCACUUCCUUGUUGGAUAAUUAAGAAAAACUUCUCUAGAAGCUUUGGCAAAGACCUUCCUCAGACUUCAGGGAUAGACUGGGGUUUUCCUCUUGCUGAACAUGUUCUCAAGUCAGAGCUGCAACCUUCCUGGCUCCUCCUGAGGCAAAGAAAGCCCUUAAGGUCCUGGAACCAGCUGCUCUUUGAACCAACUGAUGAAAAGAAGGGAUUGUAAUUGCUCUUUAUGUUGAUUGGUUGUACAAGAGUGGUUUCAACCAUGUCUUCCUUUUGACUCUCAGCAUCACUGUUGUCAGAUAAGGUUCUAUUUUUUGGUUUCCCAGGGUCAUUUUUUGCUUCAAGUUUUCCUGGACCGAUUAGCAGCUUCGUGUUAUUCUUCUUUUGGGACAUUCUUGAUACGAGUUUUAUAGUUGACCUCAUCCAAUGUAAGGCAGGAAUUGCCAGAAUCAGUUAUAUUGAGAAAUCUUGAUAAAGGGUCAUCUUUAGAACUUCCAUUCAGGUUUCAGAGGUCUCAGUGAUGGCUCCAUUCCUUGGGACUCCAGGUGAGGCUGAACAUCAUGGCGAAGCAUGUGGCAUAGGGAAGCAGCUCACUGGAUGAACAGGAAACAGAGCGAAAUAUUGUUUUUGUGUUUUCUGACUUGGUCACAUCCUCAGCCCUUUCUUUAUAGUUUACUUAGAAACAGGGUCUCUCUAGUUGCUUAGAGCCUUGCUGAGUUGCUGAGGCUGGCUUUGAAUUUGUGAUCCUCCUGCCUCAGCCUCCAAAGCUACUGGGAUUAUAGGUGUGCGACACUGCGCCUGACUAAAAAUACUGUAUUUUUAAUAAAACAUUCAUCAUUGCUGGUAAUCAAUGGGGAGUGGGGUAGUUUAUUCCUCAACAAAUUAUCUCUAUAUAGAGGAGUUUGGGGGGUCAAGUAAACCUUGAGUUUUGUCCAGCUUAAAUACCUGAACAGUUUCUGGAAAUGUAUAUUCUCUGAGGAGUAAAGAAUGUAAAGAGCUUCUAAGUAGCUUUAAUGUUUCUGUAUAGAUACCUGUUUAUCACUAUAACAUUGUGGUAGGAUUUUAAUAGAGUAGUUUUUUCUAUUGGGCUUUGUUAAAAGCUGAUUUUUAACAUAGCUGCUCAGGGAUUAAAUCGGAUGGAAAACCCAUCUGACUCAACAUAUUACUACAAAGAAAUAAAUGGUUAUUUAUAUUGAGCUGCAGGGGACAGUGCACUUUAAACUUAAACUUUCUUAAGAAAGUUGACUGUUUCACAAUGAUAAUGCAGUAUAAUCUCAAGCUACUCUUUCAAUUGGUAAAAUAUCAGAUACUGUGAUGCUUCUUUUCCAAUCUGUGCAAUCCAUAUAUGGACAAAUCACUAGUUACCAUUCCAAGCAGCUCUGCAUGCAUCAGGUGUUUAUCUUCUAUUGCCAGUAACCAUGAAGUAUGAAACACCCAGGUAAUACAUUCUAUUACAGGGGGAAGGACUGCAAACACAGGUCCUUGGUGAAAAUCCUUAAUGCUACUGCAUCUCUACUAUUUAGAGAUACUAAAGGGGAGCAAAUUUUUGCACUGUGCAUAAAACUAAAUUUUACUGUGGUACAUAAAUCCAAGUAAUUCAGCCAUCAGGAACUGCUUAGAACUCUGGCUAUGCAUCUAAGAUGCCAAUGCUUGAGCAAGAGGAAUUUAUAAAGAAAAUAAGAAUUUUAUUAUACUGUAUUUGAUUAGAUUGUUACAACUUGCAGAAAAAGCUAGUGGGGGUGGAAAUCAAGUUGACUCAAGCUUAUGCUGAAUUUUGAGAGUCUGGUCUUAGCCAAUACAACUAUGAAAACAUCUCUGUAUAUAAUGCUCAAAUUUGCACUUGACUAUCAAAUCCAUAAAAAUGAAACCUGUA